AUGUCGACGAUUUCGCGGAAAGAGUGGGACGAGAUGAUUCGUACCGGCGUACGAACACGUUUGGUGGGGGAGGGCGAGAAUAUCCAACACAUGAGAAAUCGCGCGACGCAAAAAGCGAAGCGGAAACCUGCCCAGCAAGCAGAAGAGGUCCCCGAGACGGACUUACAACGAGAUCCUGCCCAACAAGCAGAAGAGGUCCCCGAGACGGACUUACGAGAUCCUGCCCAACAAGCAGAAGAGGUCCCCGAGACGGACUUACGAGAUCCUGCCCAGCAAGCAGAAGAGGUCCCCGAGACGGACUUACAACGAGAACCUGCCCAGCAAGCAGAAGAGAGAGAGUCGCGGCACACAACGACUGGAUAG